CCCUGCCCCCCAGGGACCCCCGCCACCAUGUCCCAGAUCGCCAAGGACGUUUGCACCUUCCUGCGCUGGGCGGCCGAGCCCGAGCACGACCACCGCAAACGGAUGGGCCUCAAGAUGCUGCUGCUGUCGGGGCUGCUGGUGCCCCUCCUGUAUUACCUGAAGCGCCACAAGUGGUCGGUGCUCAAGAGCAGGAAAAUGAUUUAUCGGCCCCCCCAAGUAACGCCUGGGGGGGCCCCCCCCGAGUUCCCGGCCCCCCAAAACCGGGGGAGGGGCUGAGGGACCCCCCCGGGGGGGGGCAUUGGGGGGGUCCUCACCCCUCCCCACCCCCCUCCUCCUGUUCCAGCCCGGCCCCGGCCCCCGCGGGGGCUGCGGGGAUGGGAAUCAAACGGGGGGGGAAUAAAAUGUGGGGUCCCACAGGA